GUGAAAGUGAAUGGAUAAAAAUUGAGAAAAUAACUGGAGAUUUUCUCUAAGGUGCAUGUGACUUACACUAUACUACACUAUCUCUUUACAGAGAAAACAUGUUUCUACUGACUGGAUUAACAGAACUUGGUAAAACAUCCGCAACAGAGAAAUAUGAUAAACUUGGUUUAUUGUCUACAAGUUAUUCAUUUCUAUGGGAAAAUUCAUCCUAUAAUGAUACAAAUAAUUUACACAAUAAAACAAAAUUUAACUCUACCUUUGCAUAUAGCUUUAAAUUUUAUGACAAAGCAAAGUAUAAGUCUUUUCUAAUUAUCCUAUUGAAUGCAACAAAGCAUAAAAUCGGUAAGAAGCUACAUUAUCAAAAUAAAGUUGUACAAAAUACAGAUAAUUCAUUUGUCAAAGAGACGAACUGUUCACCGGUAGACAAUCACAUUGAACCGACAGAUAAUGAUAAACAUAUUGAUAAACAACAGAAAAGCAGAAAGAAACUCAAGGAGUUUCAAUGGUCACUAAGUUCGAAAGAUGAAAAUACUGAAAGUAAUUUUGAAACCCUGGAUCUAUCCACUUCAUCGUCAGCACGUAUUAUUCAAAGAAAGUAUAUUAAAUAUCGCAAAUGGAAAGAUAAAAAUAGAACAAAUUAUGAAACUCACAGCCAUUGCCAUAAUUUGAAAAAAUCAGCUCAUUGUCAAAAUAACACGCUUAAAUUGAAAAACAUUUCUAAUGAAUCAAUUUCAAAUAAUUAUUCAUUUAAAGAAAUGAAAAUUAAUGAGUCCACUUCAAAUGUACAUAGACAAUUUCUUUUUGGACAAAUAGCAGACGAUGGUCAAUGGGAAUCAUUUGAAUUUUUACUAAGGGCUGGAAUAAGCAUCAAUUCUGUUCAGAAAAAGAUGAAUACAAACAAUGAACUAGAUAAUUUGUCUACAAGUGUAUUAACAACCGAAACAUAUCUUUCUGUUACAGAUCUCUUCCUCAGAAAUGUUCCGUCAGAACAAUCAUCUACACUGACAUCUGUAGUGACUGUAUUCACGUGUCUACCGAAAUGUAGCCAUAAACCUGGGAUAUAUCCGAAAAUUCUCGCUAGCCUUUUACAAAAAGGAGCUGAUAUUCGUAUUAUUGAUAACACUGAGGUGUAUCCGAUAACUGGAGGUAUUCAAUCAGAUACUAUUUCUCAUACAUUUCAAAAUGCUGCAAUACAACUGAAUAACAUACUACAUCAUUACAGUAUGGGGACUAACGAUGAGAUUGUUGAUAAUGCAGGUCUUCUGCGUCAGCUGUUAAAUGCUGGAAUGAUUCCGCCGAAGGUAUUUUUUCUCAAACAUACAGAUAAAUUAUUUUUUCAUAUUGGAAAAUCCAUUCAUCAUCAUCAUUAUCAUCACCAACAUCAUUACCAACAGAUGAGAAAUAUUGACGGUGUAGUCAAAAAUGUCUUCUACCCACUACUUAUUUACGAGUUAGUGAAGUGGAACUUCUACGACAGAUGUUCUGAGCACAGUCUUCCCCCAGUCCUACAGUCUUUCACAGUUUUAUUUUUAAAUUUUGUUUAUUCAGGUUUGUGUAUACUACCAACUAAUGCAGUAGAUAUCUUAGACAUGAAUUCAUUCACUAGAUACAUAGGCAUCAGUUGCUAUCACAAUGAAAACACAUCACUUAACACACUGGAACAUGAAAGAUUUCUAUCACAUUUUAGCUUUUAUCAUAACAAAUUUUCUCAACUAAUCAAUAAACAACCUCUUAGACUAUUUAUCCAGUGCAGAUAUGUUGUUAGAAAUCUAUUGGGAACAAGGUAUUUUCAUGAAAAACUAAUGACCACAACAGUUGUUGAUGAAGAGGAACAACUGCCUUCAGUUGUACAGGAAUCAAAUAAGGAAUUUGUUAGACAGUUACAGAAGAUACCAGAACAAUUAAGACGUGAUAUUGGGUAUAUCGAAGCGAUAAACUUAAAAAAUGAAUUGUAUUUUUUAACAGGUACUUGAUAUUAUUUUCGUGUGUAUUUAAUUACGCUGUAAUUACAGUACUUUAUUCUUGUCCAUAUGUAAAUGAAGUCAAUACAUGUAUGUAGACAUUGUACAAAUGUAUAGUAUAUAGCAAUUUUAUCCUCAG